GUUGGAAAGACCGAUAGUGCUGACGGAGGUUGCGGUGUUUACAUGACUUUGGUAGCUAGAAGAAGUGUAAAAAUUGCUAUGUAUACCUGGGGUGUAUAGCUAGAAAGUGUGUAACAGAAUCGAUUGUGAAGAAUGGGGAAAAGACACAGACUCUUUCCGAACUCAUCAGCCUGAGGUGCUCGAGUCCCCGGUCCAUAUGGCUGUGUAUGAUGAGAACGUCCAGAAAAACCCGUUCUACCUGGAGCUAGAGAAGCAGCGGCCGGACCUAUGCAGUAAGGUUGCGGAGCUCCAUGGCAUUGUGCUGGUGCCGUGUCGAGGGAGCCUGCCGGCCGCUUCCUUCCCGGCGGCGCGCUUCGAUGGCUACGUCUUACAACCCAUGGAAGAGGGAUACCGCACUCUGGAUGGCAAGGAGGUGGUCGUCCAGGAUAACAUGGUGAAACUGGGAGCAGGCCUCCAGGCCCCGGCCUCUAUUCCCAUCCUGUUUGAGGAGACCUUCUACAAUGAACUGGAGCAGAGCUACAGCAUCCUGUGUAUUGCCCGUCCCAUAGACUGCGACCAAAGUCACACAGAGAUGCCCCCGGCUCCCACCUCCCAGUCCCCACACUGCUGUCUGAAGAACAUGGACGACGUGAAGGACUUCCUGGGCCGCCACACUGACAAGCUGGACAAGUUCAUCACCACCUUCCGGCAUUCCUACAAGGAGCAGGAGCGGAAGGGGCUGCGGCACCACAUCGACUCUGUGAAUGCACUUUACACAAAAUGUCUUCAGUGCUUGCUGAGGGACUCGCGGCUGAAAGUGCUGGCUAAGCAGGAAUGGCAGAUGUGUCUUCUGAAGCAGGCUGUGGAGAUGUACAUUCAUCAUGGUAUCCAUGACUUCAUCUUUAAGUAUGUUGGAAGUAUUGAAGCAAGCCAGGAUGCGGCUUUCAACAAAAUCACCAGAAGUCUGCAGCAUCUGCAGCAGAGAGACUUGGGUGUGAAGUCUGAAUUUUGCAUUAACAUCCCGCGCGCGAAGAGGGAGCUCAGCCAGCUGGACCGCUGCACCUCACCACAGCACAAGCUGCUCUGCCUGCAGCUGGUGGUCCUCACCAUCAUGCAGUCCCCCAGCCGCACAGUCAACAUAGAAGCCAUGUGCGCAGAUGAUCUGCUCUCGGUCCUCCUGUAUCUGCUGGUGAAGACGGAAAUCCCUAAUUGGAUGGCCAACCUCAGCUACAUCAAGAACUUCCGGUUCUGUCACUCGGCAAAGGAUGACCUGAGCUACUGCCUGACGUCGUUCGAGGCGGCGAUAGAGUACAUCAGCCAGGGGAACCUCAUACAGGACCCCACGGGCUCCGGAGAGCUGAACGACAAAGCAUUCCUCAGGAAUAAGAUGAACCUGGUGUCGCAGAACGCCGCCACCCCCAUCGACUGCCUGUUCGAGCACAUAGCAAACGGGAACGAGGCAGAGGUGCGGCGUCUGCUCUGCGAGGGCGAGAGUGACGAGGACGGCCCUGGCCUGUGCCACCCGCUGUGUUCCUGUGACAGCUGCGAGCGUCACCUCUCUGGGAGACUGAACGAUCCCUCCAUCGUCACCCCCUUCUCCCGGGACGACAGAGGCUACACUCCGCUCCACGUGGCUGCUGUCUGCGGUCAGUCGCAGCUGAUCGACCUGCUAGUGUCCAAGGGCGCAGUGGUCAAUGCUACUGAUUACCAUGCCCUCACACCUCUGCACCUGUCCUGCCAGAAGGGAUACCAGGGUGUCACGCUGCUGCUGCUGCAUUACAAGGCCAGCACAGACGCCCAGGACAACAACGGGAACACAGCCCUGCACCUGGCCUGCAUGUAUGGACACGAGGAUUGCGUGAAGGCUCUUGUGUACUAUGACCUGCACUCCUGCCGCCUGGACCUGCAGAACGACAAGGGGGACACCCCACUGCACAUCGCAGCUCGCUGGGGCUACGAGAGCAUCAUCGAGGUGCUGCUGGAGAACAGGGCCAGCACUGCAAUCCCCAACAAAGCCAAAGACACACCCCUCCAGUGCGCCCUCAACGCCAAGAUCCUGGCUCUGCUGGAGCUGACGCGGAGCGGCUCACACAGGAGUCCCUUGGAGUCCCCCAGGCGGUCCCCCCAGCCCCCCUGCAGUCUCAGCAUCAGCCGCCGCUCCUCCGUCUCCAGCACGUCGUCACUCAACACUGACAUCAAGCCGGACGCCGACCGCGUGCGCCAUAAAGAGGUGGAGAAGCUUCUGCGGGCUGUGGCUGAUGGAGACGUGGAGAUGGUGCGGUACCUUCUGGAGUGGCUGGACGAGGACCCGGAGGACGAGGAGGCAGGACCGCCACCACCACAAACUGAGCUGUGCCACCCGCUGUGCCAGUGCACGCAGUGCGAGCCCUCACAGAAGAAGCUGUCCAGCCUGCAGGCCAGCGGUCUGGGCGUGAACAGCAGCACAGCCGACGGCUUCACUCCCCUCCACGUGGCGGCACUGCAUGGACACGCCGGCCUCACCUCCCUGCUCACCCGUCACGGCGCCAAUGUCAACGCCCGCAACGGGCAGAGUGCCACCCCGCUGCAUCUGGCCUGCCAGAACAGCCACCUCCAGGUGGUGACCCUACUACUGGAGUGCAAUGCCAAGCUGAACAAGAGAGACCAGUUCGGCAACACCCCCCUGAUACACGCCUGCCUCAGGGGCCACUUCGAAGCGGCCAGGGUCCUGCUCACGAGCGGUGCGUUGGUGAACGUGUCCAACCAGCAGGGAAGCACGGCACUGCACGAGGCCGUCAAGGGCGGGCACCUGGGCCUGGUAGAGCUGCUGGUGAAGGCUGGGGCCUUGGCCCACCUCCGGAACAAGAGGCAGAGGACGGCCCUGGACUGUGCCCUGGAGAUGGGGGGCAAGAACUUAGAGAUUGUGAGGAUUCUUCAGAAAGCGUCUGGACUUUCCCCAGAGGAGAACCCGAUCCAGGUGCUGUCUGUGCCCCGAGGAGCUCUGGGGAAGACGCAAUCGAUCAUGCAGCGGUUGAAAGCCCUGGACGACCCCCGCGGCCGCCGGCGGGACACAGAGCAGUCCAUCCAACGCGUGCAGCAGCUGAAAAGAGCCAUGCUAAGAGACAUGACCGCCCCAUCUCUGGAUUCAGCGACGCUGAUCCAGACCUUGGCUGCUUCUUGCCAGACUGACGGCAGACUGGAGAGAGAGCGGCUUCGACCAAGGGGGGGCACGCUGGAGAAGAGCAGCCUCUUGCCCCCGGCCCAAGAUCACACCUGGGAGAGGCCCAGCUCGCGCAGCAAGACUCUGAGUCGCAGUCACACGGUCGCACUGGAACAGGACUCCCACACAGGGGGGUUAGCACUGGCACGCAGGGGCAGCAUGGACACUGGCAACGCUCCACAGGCCCCCCCUUCGCUCUCACUCCAGCAGGUCAAUGGGGAAACUUGGCCAGAUGGGCAGCCGGAGCACAGUGGUCUCGAGCCCCCAGGCCACAUAAUGGACAAUGUGGCUUCAAAAACACUGUGAGGCAUCUCAUCAGUCACAGACCACUACCCUCCAACAUGCCUCACGCAGUGGGGUAACGUGCUUGAAAUAUACGUCACAUACGAGGCACCUUUGGUCCCACGAUUGCCCCGUAGCCACAGCAGAGAAAGGCCUCGUUAUCUGCCUCUUCCCCCCCCCCCCAAAGCGCUGUCUCUACGCUUUCACAAAAAGGGAAGUGACAUGAAAAGCAACGCGAGACGGACCUCCUGCGCUCGUCUCCCGUCCCAUCUAUGUCUCCUCGUGGUCGUAGCAGUCUUUGGCGGAGUAGCGUAGCGUUACACCCAGAGCCACAUCGGGGAGCUUAUAAGGAAGAAAUGGGACACUAGACCCUGCCCCCCCCCCACACACUUAGUCAGUUUUAACAGUUUUAGAUGGGCAACGUGUAUUUCUGUGUUUCUUUUCUUUUUAUAGACUCACUUAUUCUGGAAAUCACAGUAUUUCUCAGGGUUGGUGUUUAAAAGAAGCAGUUGCUGUUGCAUUGCAUUUAUGGAACAGCUCUAGAACUCGUCUGCACCAACUCAAAAACCAGAGAAGAAAGGCGUGAGAAGCCAGCAGCCCGAGGAGAAUCCAGGAGGGAGCCUUCAGAGAUCCCAGUGUUACUGCAGGCCUGCGGCCGCCCGAGGAGAAUGCAGGAGGGAGCCUUCAGAGAUCCCAGCGUCACUGCAGGCCUGCGGCAGCCCGAGGAGAAUCCAGGAGGGAGCCUUCUGAGAUCCCAGCGUUACUGCAGGCCUGCGGCAGCCCGAGGAGAAUGCAGGAGGGAGCCUUCAGAGAUCCCAGUGUUACUGCAGGCCUGCGGCCGCCUGAGGAGAAUCCAGGAGGGAGCCUUCAGAGAUCCCAGUGUUACUGCAGGCCUGCGGCCGCCCGAGGAGAAUGCAGGAGGGAGCCUUCAGAGAUCCCAGUGUUACUGCAGGCCUGCGGCCGCCCGAGGAGAAUGCAGGAGGGAGCCUUCUGAGAUCCCAGUGUUACUGCAGGCCUGCGGCAGCCCGAGGAGAAUGCAGGAGGGAGCCUUCAGAGAUCCCAGUGUUACUGCAGGCCUGCGGCCGCCUGGAUCCCAUCUCACCCACGAUCUCUGUAUAAUAGGAGAGAGUGUCUGCCUCCCACUCACAUGCCACUUUCCACACCACAUCCAGUGUGUAGUGAGAGAGCAGAACAACCUCUUAAACACACAAAUCUGCACUGUCUACUAAAAAUAAAAAAUCUUGCAAAACAUAAUAUGACACACAUUAUGUUUCUUAACAUUUCAUAGGAAGUGCUUCGGUAUACUGGAAAAACACAGAAUCAUCACAGGACGUCAUAGUUCCCUGAAUGUUUUUGACCCAACUUGAAUGUUCCAGUUACAGUAACCGCGUCACAUUGCCAAUAAUAUAUAAAAUACAUUUCUCUUGAUCAUUCAAGGCAAUUUUGUUUGAAAUUCGUCUUUACCAGAGAUGUAACUUCGGUUUGAAUAACAUUUUUCUUUUGUGGGCUUUGAUUUUUACAGCUAAACAGCAAAUAAAAGCACAUCCCCCCCCUUUUAUUCUGUCACCGUGGGGAUGGCUUUUUUGUUUGUUUACAGAAUAGCAGCUGGCGUGAUGGUUAAAAAAUAUAUCCACUGACCAGUUACCUGCAACAGGGGCUUUAUAGCAAUGGAACGAAUGUCUUGCGGAAAAAGGUAUUGCAUAUUUCAAUGAAAUAUGUGCAGUGAUCUCUCCACAGAAUGAUGGUGACCCUUUUCAGAGAAAUCUUGCACACAUUACUUGUCAAGUCGUGAAAAAUAAAAAGGUUUUCUCCUGUGUACUUGAUGUGGUCUGUUAUAAAAGUAGUUAAAUUGGUGUCAUUUCUCUGCACUAAUCAGAUGGAGAAUCAUGGUUAUUUUUAUACGGUUUUAUUUAGUCAUUUUAUUUUUAAGCAAAUGAAUGUGCCUUAUUUAAUUUUGUGCCAAAAUAACCUAUAAUAAACUCAUGUAAAAGGAAGAAUCACUUCACUUUUA